UUUUUUGGUGUUUGAAGGAUUAAAAUUGAUUUAUAAUAAUUGAAAAAGCAAAGGUGUACUAAAACAUAGAAACACCAAUGGAGAUUACGUUAAGACCAUUAAAAAUGUAAUACAAUUCUAAAAGAAAAGUAAAAAUGAAAUGAAAAGUAAAAUCAACUUAAAACAACAAAUCAAACUUGGCAGAAGCAGCUAAAUUUAGCAAUUCCUAAUACAUAAUUGUGUCCCUCACUCUCUGCUCUCUUAUUGGUCCAUUUUCUCACGUUCUCUUUUCAUUGGCCGAAAAACCUGCCAAUCACUACUGUUUGUAUAGUAUGUGGUUCCUGUUGUGAGGUUCAGCCGGUGUGUAUGACAGCCUGUGUAGUGUCCUCCCAGGCGAGGAGUUUACAGAAUGAAAAAUAAAACAUGGCGAUGAAACACCUGUAAUAUCUAAUACCCAGACUCAGAAUUGAACCAUGAAACUCGCCACCGUGGCCUUUUACGGUUUUGCUCUGGGGCUUCUGGCGGUUGGCCUGCGAGAGUUGCUGACUGGCUUCGAGGAGAACAGAUGCAGUAUGACCUAUAUGUUUGAAUACCCAGAGUACCGGCGCGUGGCUCUGCCCCGCCGUGUGGCCAGACUGUACCCAGCUUAUGGGCUCUAUCUAUAUGGAGAGGGUCUGUACGCCCAGGAGACCCGAGCGCUCAAACUCACCGGUGCCCCUGUUCUCUUCCUGCCUGGAAAUGCAGGCAGUUACAAACAAGCUCGCUCCCUGGGCUCUGUGGCCUUGAGGAAGGCUGAAAACAUGGAGGGAGGUCUCCACUUCAACGUGUUCACCGUGGACUUCAAUGAGGAGCUGGUGGCCCUUUAUGGCGGCAGUCUGCUCAGGCAGACACACUUCCUGCAUGAGAGCAUUAAGGCCAUCCUGAAGCUCUACAAGCACGUGAAGACCCCCCCUCAGAGUGUGGUGCUUGUUGGCCACUCCAUGGGAGGAGUGGUGGCCCGGGCACUGUUCACUUUGCCCCGCUUCAACAGCAAUCUGGUCAGCCUCAUCAUUACCCAGGCCUCCCCUCAUCUGGCUCCAGUGCUGGCCCUGGACCCAUACCUGCUGGAUUUCUACUCUGCAGUGAGGCAGAAGUGGGUGAACCAGGCGAACAAGCUCAGGAACGUCACAGUUCUGUCUGUCGGGGGUGGUUACCGUGACUACCAGGUCCGCUCCGGCUUGACAUCCCUACCUUGUCCCCCAAGAGACCCCAAUAAGUUGUCACUGGUGGCAACUGCAGUUCCCAGGACAUGGGUGUCCACUGACCAUCUGUCCAUCGUUUGGUGCAAAGAGCUUGUUCUUGCUACUGUCAGGGCAUUCUUCGACCUCAUCGAUCCUGAAACCAGACAGUUCACAGAAAACCCAGAGAAGAAAAUGGCUGUACUAAACCAUCACUUCAUCAGACACCCCGUCAGGAUGUUGGGAGAAACUCAAGACACCUCCAUCUCCAUCUUAGAUUUUCCUGAAGCAUGGAGUGAAGUUAACACACUGCGCCUGGCUUACAGCACACCAAAGGAAGGGCAGGUCAGAUACUUUCUGUUUGCCCUGUCGAGUCGCAGGAAGGCCUACAGCCAUUUCUACUGCCGGAGCAACAACCUGGAGAUGACGAGCUGGGUGUACGGCUGCGUGCACAAGAACGGUUCUUCAUGUGUGCAUGCAUUGGAUCUGUCCAUGGGAACUGAGCUUCUGCCACCAUACAAGGUCCUGAUUCUGAGUCUCAGUGACUUGUCUUCAGUUACUCAUCUGGUUGUUUCAGCCUCCAACCUCAGUGGCAAACAGUUCACGGUGGAGUGCGAGUGGCAGAGACAAGAAUCUCAGACUCUGUCUGUCCCAGUGCCACAUGUUCUGUCCUUCGGUUUGACUGUCAGCGAUGUUACGGUCAACUCCUCUGGACUUCUUCACACCAUCAAGCUGCAACACUUUCACCAGGUCUAUCAGGCUUUCAGAAUUAAUGUUGCAAGCCAGUGCAAAGUACAUAAAGAUAGACUGCCCAGUGUGUACAGAAUAUAUGUACCGUGGUUUCGAGAGGACUCUUUAACCACAGUCAGUGUGCCAUCGGUGACUGAGAUCUCAGGGAUGCUCCACACAAGUCAACCAGACAACACCUCAGGUGUCCUCCUUCAGCUCCACACUGCCCCCAACUGCCAAUAUAAGGUGUCCGUAAGGACUUCAUUACCCAGGGUGCUGGGACAGAUACUGAGGUUCUGUGGUCCCAUGGUGCCGGUGUACACAGCUGUAACCCUCCUCCUGGCCUGUGGGGGGCAGCUCUCCUCCAUCCUGACGUCAAGGCGAGCUGCAGACAUGAGCCGGGUGGUGGGCAAAGGCCUGCAGCUGCAUAAAGUCAAUCUGCCCGUUUAUAUUCUGCACAUCUUACUUAGCUGUAGCUGGUUUCAAGAGGUCUGGUCAAUUCUUUGCCUCCCCCCUAUGGAUGUCCUCCCCCCAACCAUCCCCGAUGCGACAUUUCAUCAGGGUGUGGUACCAGUUGAAGAAUGGCCCCACCUCCUGUCCCCUCUCCUUUACAUCUUGGGGGCAGCUGUGGCAUACUGGGGCAGCACACUGCUCCGUCUCAUUAUGCGACUGAUCUCACUAAUAUUAGCUCCACUACACAGACCAUCAGUCUCUAGAGACUGUGGCACCCUGCGACUGCGGACCCAGCUCCUCAUCACUCUGUGUCUGACUGUUCUGGGUGGUGCGUCCUGUGGGGCAUUGUCAAUAUUUGCCGCCUUUCUGCUCCACCUUUACAGGGUACUGAGACUACAGAUGACAGAAAGAUCUUUGAGUCACAUGUUGAAUCUGGCACCCCGGAAGCACAAAGAAGCAGAGAACGGCACAGUCGACGCUGAAUCUUUAAGCAAGUCUAAAGAAUGUAAUGGCGCCCCCCUGCUGUCUGAGUGUGCUCUGCAGGACGUGAGGGAUGACUUACAGCUCCACCUCUGCCUAUCAGCGCUCUUGGCACUACCUGUCGUGCUCAUCGCACCCUCACUCCUCCACUGGAUCCGCAACUUGAGGUAUUCCACCCAGUUGGAUCCUGACCCUUGUUGGCCACACAUUGUGCCUCUAAUUGUUGUGUACAUGCUGCUUAUUAACUGCAACACUUUAAAACUCAGCAACAGUAAACUCCUGCCUCUGACAUCCUGCCUCCCUCUCCCCUUGGCCAUCGCCAUGGUGACCUUUUCUCCACUCCACCUCUACAGAGUCACCUACUUCCUGUUGGCAGCACUCAUCCCUCUGGCCUUGUGUUGUCUUCUCUGACGGUAUCUGGCUGGUUUCAGUCCACAUCUCUACCAUAACAAGCCUUUCUCUAAAUUACAACUUUACUUACUGAAGCUGGUUGAGACUGAUUUGUCCCGGGAAGACUUACUCCAUCUAGCUGCCAUGGAGCAGAGCCAUAGACAUACAUAGCUUGGGGAACUGUCUGCUCGAUGUUAGCACUAAAAGCUCCAUGGCAAUUACACUAUGUCUUAAAAUGAGAGGAUGUAAUGGCCUUGGAACAUCUGGUGCGACUAUGGCUCCGAAGGAUUGACCUGAAACCAAGAUUGCCUUACUCUGUAUAUCUAUAGCUCUGCCUUCAAGGAGCAAGAACUCCACAACCAGUGAAGCUACUGAUACUAGAGAUUCACAACAGGGUGUUACUGUUAAAAUUUCUUUUUAGUUUUCGGUGUUUCUAGUGUCUACAGUGGCAUUGUCACUACGCUGUAAACUCCUACACUGCCCACUGCUUAGCGAUGACUUAUAGUUGUAGGUUAUCUUUACCUGUUGAAGGUUGUAGCACUGCCACAAAACCAGUGGCAGUGUCACACAUUCUUUCCAUAAGAAAAAUCCAAAGUAAUCAUGUUUACAUUUUCCCUUAUUCACAUUUUGAUACAGAACAAUGACAAUGGCAGCAAAAUGAAGGUUUGCACUGGAAAAGGCUUUAGUGCAUGUGCAGGUUCUAAUCUGUCUCAUGUCCUCUAAAAUACAGUGGUGUAGCCACUGGUGUACAGUUUUCAUAAGCGUGGCCAGGCUGCGAGCAGUAUUCAUUUUGAGGUGGCAAAUAAAUCUGUGUCUUGUUUAGUCUUUUUUCCUGCGUGGCGCGUCACUGUGUGACAAAUACCCGCUUUUUCGGGUCACUCUUUCACUCACUUAGGCAACAGUGACUGUUAAGCAGCAGGCUGGGGUCUUCACUAAAUAUUAGUGAUAUUUUACUAGGAAUUUCAGAAUUAUCUAAAAUGCGUAUGUUGGCAUUGUGCAUGCGCAAAGGCCUUGUUUCCACUUUAACUAAUCAAAACUAGCCUAACUCAGCCCUCCGCGUUUACCUGUUCUCUUGAUAAAUUCAGGAUAAUGGCAAUGACACAGUCAUGCCAUACUCACCAAUCUGCCGCUCUGAGUUUCUCUUUUUUUAUAGAAAUACUUUUCUCACUCAUCAGAUUUUUCCUACUUUGCUGUUCUGUGUAAACCUACUGUCAAUUAAACUCAAAACUUCAGCACAGACGUUUCAAGUUAAAAGCUUCCUAGUAUUUCUGUUUUUUUUUUGUUUUUUUUAUAAUUUAAAAAAAAGAAACUUGGUAGUAGUGAUGGAGUAAUUUUUUUGAAAUGUACAUUAUAUGCUGAAUUUACCAUGCACGCGCAGUUAAAUACUGUCCCCAGUGGUGCUGUGGCAGUGCAGCGAUGGUUCUGCACCAAAACAAAAACUGACCCGAAAGCAGUACUGUAUGGCUCUUUCAUUGCUUCAGUAUCAUCAAACACUACCAGCAUCAGUAGUUCAUGUUAGCUGACCAGAACGCUCCUGUAAAUCUUGCCAAGUAAAAAUGAGCACCUCUGACCUGUCACACAACAACGAGCAGCUGGCGUCAGCUGCAGUGUAUAGCCUUUAAUCUAAUUAUCUUUUUGAUUGGUUGUGUCAUAUGUGAACGAGCUCCGUUGUGUCCUUUCAGACGCUCUGGAGUGAGGUCUGAGAGUCAAAUUAAGCUUCACUGUUACACUAGACGCACAGUCUUCUGUUGUGGAGGUUUUCUUUAUGCUGCGUCGUGGCUUAAAAAGUUGUUAGCUCGGCCAUGUUUGCAGCUAGCAACCCACCUGAUGGCUGGUGCCAUUUAUAGGCCUAAUGGUGUCAGUGAAUAUUCAUGUAUCAUGUGUACAUUACAUGUACAUACAUAUCCACCCUUUGACUUAUUUGUGAUUUAUUGUUUAUGGUGUUGAAAUUAAGCUGAUCCACAGGAAAAGACUAUUUGAUGUCAAAGUAAAAACAGACAUCUACAAUGAAUUCUAAAUUGACUACAAAUAUAAAAACAACAACGUAUUUGAUUGCAGAAGUAUUGACCCCCAUCAAGUCAAUAUGUAGUGAAGGACCUGUGGCAGGAUUGAGGCUAUGAGUGUGUUUACAUGCACACCAGUGUCCUAGUGUCCAUGUUACAAUCAAGUUUUUGGAGUGUCUCAGUUAUGUGUUUGCUCAUGGAGACAUCAUAUCCAGGUUAGCAACAUCUGAAUAAACUUUUACUUUAACAUCAUAGUAUUUUUUUUCUGUUGAACAAUAUAAACAAAUCCCAUUUACCUCCACUGUGAAUCAGUGUUGUAAAACACUGACGCAUGAAAAGUUUAGGCCGGUGAAUACUUCAUAGGCACCGCCGUAGCGUUUGAUCCAGCAACCUCCAUGUUAAAGCCUACUCCAGUCUGUCUUCAUGUGCUGACUGGUUAAAUGUGACUACAUCAAAAGUGAAUGAGGUGAUUGUGAGAUAAAUAUGCUAAACAGACAAAUUAGCAUCUGAGGAUGGGACAAAUUAUAUACAUACACUACAGACAAGCUAGUCCCUUAGGUCCAUAAUGACCAUUAUCACUUGUGGUCGUUGGUAUUUUGAUUCGAUGCAGCAGAAGCUGUAAGUUGUUCUUGGUGAAGCGUCGGCUAGCAAAGUUUAAAAAGCAGAUUACUUACUUUCUCUAAGCCUCGGAUUUAGGUUCAGUGGAGGAUUAUGAGACUUCUGUUCAGUACUGCAGCUGAUACACAUACAGUGUGAUUGGAGCUUAAAAACAACAACUUUUAAACCCCAUAUUGUAAUUGUAACCGCGGCUGCAGUAUCUGGAGAACUGUCUUGUAUUUCAUGGUGACUGCUUAUUAAGGCAUGGUUAGCUAUCCUAAUGGAAGGUGCACAGGUGAAUAUUUAUAACCACGGAGUCCACCACCUUUUGUCUUACUUUUCUUUCUUUUUUUUUAAACGAUCACAAAACUACUGCUCUGUGUCCUUUUACAAACUAAGUAAACCAUGCAUGGAGCAGGAUAGCAAGUCUUGAAAUUACAACAACAAAAAAUCUUGUGACCAUUACAAUGUUUUUUUCUUAAUAUGUUGGAAUACUUGUGGUUC